AUGACCACAGAGAGCUUUGCAGAAUUCUUGAACAAGCUCAAGGAAAUCCAUGAAAAAGAAGUUCAAGGUCUGCAAACAAAGCUAACGGAGCUGACGACAGAGAAGUGCCGCGAUGCCCAGAGAAUUGAAGAGUUGUUUGCUAAAAACCACCAACUAAGGGAACAACAGAAGGUCCUCAAAGAAAAUGUAAAAGUGCUGGAGAACAGGCUGCGAGCAGGUCUCUGUGACAGAUGCAUGGUCACCCAGGAGCUGGCAAAAAAGAAGCAGAAUGAAUAUGAAAAUUCCCAUUUCCAGAGCCUCCAGCACAUCUUCAUUCUCACCAAUGAGAUGAGCCGCCUGAAGGAGGAGAACAAAACUCUCAAGGAAGAACUGAAGAGGCUCCAGAGUCCAGAGGACAGGAUCAAGUACCAAGGAGCCAUCUCCAGGGAGCACAGCUCCACACCCAGCUCCCCACUGCCAUUACUGUCCCCCACUAGCAGGAACACCAGCGCCGACAGAGCGGUUCUUGGAGCAGCAGAGGACUCCCAGCACGGUGUGCCGGGCCUCGAGCUGGGGGAAGAGAAGACCACAGGACAGAGAAGCUCUCCUUGCAGCAGGAUUUCCCCAAGCACUAUCCUCCAAGAAGCCAGCCUGGCAGAAAUGGCAUCCCAGAGAAUUGCCAACCAGCUACACGGCACCAUCGCCCUGGUGAGGCACAGCCUGGAGAAAAGUCCUUCGAGGGCUGCAGUGUCUCCACCGGCCAGGAAGAUCCCACUGCCACCAGAGCAGGAACGCAGCCCCAGCCUGGAGCCUUACUUAACAACAACCAAGCCAAUCUCCCCCAAGACUGCUCCAUCCUAUGAAAGCCUAAAGCUGACUGCCCGCAAAGAGCAGCUCUGCCUCCUCAACAAGCACCUUGCCCUGCACCAGCUGGGGCUGGCAAGUGGUUGCGUUCCACCCGAUGGGGACAGCAGUUUCCACAGCCGUUUGCUCAGGGCCACAGAUGGUGGUGGCAGGACAAGGCCACGUGAUGACUGGGAUGACAGAGCUGCCCUUCUGAAGCUCCCUGCAGCUGUGGUGUAUGUGAGGGACCAGCACCUGGAGGGGAAGCUGCACCUCCUCAAGCACCGUGAGCGGCUGCAACAUCUGGAGCAGCAGCAAAGCCUUCGGGUCAGGGUGGAUGGGGAGCCCAAAGCUGUGCCCAAGGAGCGGCCACUGUCCCCAUGCCUGAGCAUCGCAGUGGGAUGCAAGGAAGAGAGGAUGGAGGAUGCUGCAGAUGGGAAGGUGGAGAGAGUGCUCUGGUUGAGCCGGGAUGGCUCUGAGCACCGAGGAAAGGUGGAAGCAUUGAAAGACUAUGGUAUGGAUGUCCCACUGGACCUGUCAGACACCAGGCGUGGGAGGGGAAUGGGACGGAUCAAGCACCAGGAGGCCACCAGUCCAUGUCUGAGCCCAGGGGACAGCCCCAUGCAUGGCUCCUGCAGAAGACAUGGGAUGGAGCGGGACAGCUCACAGCCUCACAGCUGCUGGCAUGAUGCUGCCCAGAGACAGGUCACAGAGCAGCCUGGUGCCAUUAAGGAGGAGGAGGAGGAGGAGGAAGAGGAAGAGGAGGCAGCUAUGCUCGCUCUCUCCCGGAUGCAUCCUAUAAACAAGUCACCACCAAGCAACACAGAGACUCCUCCAGAGCCCAGGGUGAGACUGGUAGCCAGUGCACAGAAGGAAGAACCAGGUAAAGAGCCUCAGGCGAGCCUGACAUCUGAGAAGGCAAAUGCCAAAGAUGAUGAUGAUGGUGAUGAUGACGAGUCCACAAAGCAGGAAUCUGAUGAGGCAGAUACAACAGACAGCGAGGUGGCUUCUCCCUAUGAAUACGACGUCCUGCAAGAAGCCCAGUCAGAAGGGAAAUAUUUUUGCACCAAAGACAAAGCUCAUGCACUGCAGAAGAAGAGAAGAGGACAGGAUUCCUGGACAAAAGGCUCCAAGAAGGCAAUGAGAGGAAGAAAGAAAGUCAAAGUGGAGCAGUGCUCGCUGGGGAUGACAGAGAAAGCGGAGAGCUGCUUGGCUUCCCACCAUGACCCCUCUGAGGAGAGUUAA